AUGGACCUACGCAGCAACCUCUUCAGCCGAACCCCGCGAUCCGGCGGCAGCGGCUCUGGUCUUCCCAGCCGUCCCUCAGACCAGCGCCCAGCGCCCGGCCCAGGAGGCUACGCUCCCGCCCCGACGGGCUACGACGGAUACGCCGGACGCACGCCCACGCCCCAACGUCCCCCUCAACCUCCGCCGAGCAGCGGUGGAGGAUAUGGUGGAGGAUAUGGGGGGAGCAGCAGCUACGGCGGCGAUAGCUACGGCAGUCCAAGUGCUGGUGGUGGUUAUGGCGGCGGUGGUGCCCCAUAUCGCAGUACCCCUGGCGGGUAUCCUUCUCAGUCGGCGGUAGGAGGAGGGGGGCGACAGGUACGGCUUCGGCUGGCGAAGGUGGAGGAUAAGACACUGCAGACGCAGUAUAUUUUCGGGAAUAUCUGCGCCGUGUCGCCGAACGACUUCCCCCCGAGCCGCGACGGAACUGAUUUGUACGUUCGCCUGACGGGCAGCUUGCUCCAGGGCGACUAUGUCGUGACCGCGCGUCCGACGCCCGGUUUCCCUGACGGCUGUAUUAGUCUGUCGGAUCCGCAGAGGACAUGGUGUGGUGUAGGUAUGAUGGAUGAGGUCGUCGGUGAGCUAUACGACCCGUUUUCUCAGGGCACGGCCGUCUACAUUGGUUCUAUGGAUGUUGAAGUCGGCUUCGCCUCGGCCCGCAAGAUUGUUGAUACGCCGUACGACCAGGAUGAGCUGGCGAACCUGUUUGUCAAGAACUUCCAGAACCAGAUCUUCGCCCCGGGUCAGCGUCUAAUCCUCGACGUUCGCAAUGUCCCUCUGUCUAUCGUUGUCAAGACGAUUACACUCAUCGACCUGUCCAUGAAGCAGACAAGCGAGCUUGCCACGCGUAGAGAUCCAAGUGCCCGCGGUAUUCUCACCAACCAGACUAGCAUCGCCUUUUUCAAGGAUGCUCGCUCGCCGAUCAACCUCAAGGCGUCCAGCAAGCGGCCUGCCGCCAAUGCCAUCAUCAGCCCGGAUUUCAAGUUCGAGGACAUGGGCAUUGGUGGUCUGGACGCCGAGUUCUCGACCAUCUUCCGUCGUGCUUUCGCGUCCCGUAUAUUCCCUCCUGGCCUAGUUCAGAAGCUUGGUAUCAUGCACGUCAAGGGCAUGCUACUCUACGGUCCUCCCGGUACCGGCAAGACCCUGAUUGCUCGCCAGAUCGGCAAGAUGCUCAACGCCCGCGAGCCCAAGAUCGUUAACGGUCCCGAGAUCCUGAACAAGUACGUCGGCCAGAGUGAAGAGAACGUCCGCAAGCUCUUUGCCGAUGCCGAGAAGGAGUACAAGGAGAAGGGCGACGAGUCUGGUUUGCACAUCAUCAUUUUCGACGAGUUAGAUGCCGUUUGCAAGCAGCGCGGUUCCGGCGCCGGCGGUGGUACUGGUGUGGGUGACAGCAUCGUCAACCAGCUCCUGUCCAAGCUGGACGGUGUCGACCAGCUGAACAACAUCCUCCUCAUCGGCAUGACCAACCGCAAGGACAUGAUCGACGAGGCGCUUUUGCGUCCAGGCCGUCUCGAAGUCCAGAUCGAGAUCUCGCUCCCUGACGAGUUCGGCCGCGCCCAGAUCCUCAAGAUCCACACGGCCAAGAUGAGGGAGAACGGCGUCAUGGGCGAUGAUGUUGACAUCCCCGAGCUGGCCGCGCUGACCAAGAACUUUUCUGGUGCCGAAAUCAGCGGUCUGGUCAAGUCAGCCACGUCGUUCGCAUUCAAUCGUCACAUCAAGGUCGGGACGAUGGCCAGCAUCAGCGACGACGUGCAUAAUAUGAAGGUGUGCAGGCAGGAUUUCCUGAAUGCGCUGAACGAGGUCAAGCCCGCGUUUGGUGCCGACGAUGCCGAGCUGGAGGACAACAUCCCGUAUGGCAUCAUGCACUUUUCGCCGACCAUCUCGUCCAUCCUUACCGACGCGAUGCUCUACGUCGAGAACGUGCGUCGUCAGGAGAGGCUGCGCCAUACCUCUGUCUUGCUGCACGGCCCUCCCGGUAGCGGCAAGACUGCACUCGCUGCUCAUGUCGCCAUGAAAUCGGACUACCCCUUCAUCAAGAUCAUCACACCCGCCUCCAUCGUCGGCUUCCGUGACGAGGGCGGAAAGAAGGAUUACCUCCACAAGAUCUUUACUGAUGCCUACAAGUCCCCAUUGAGCAUGCUCAUUAUUGACAACAUCGAACGUAUAAUAGAAUGGAACCCCGUCGGCCCGCGCCUCUCCAACUCCAUUUUGCAAGCCCUCGUCACCCUCCUGCAGACCCCGCCGCCCAAGGGCCACCGCCUCCUCAUCCUCGCCACAACCUCUCAACCUUCCGUCAUGGACCAGCUCGACAUCACUCCCGCCUUCGACCGCCAGAUCCGUGUCCCGCCUGUGCAGGACCUGCGUGAGCUCGCUGCCGUGCUGCGCGAACUAUCCAAGUUUUCGUCUUCGAGUGGCGGGUCGGCGACACCGGACGAGAUGAUGGGCGAUGGGGAUAACGGUGGGGAGUUGACGGAGCAGGAGAUUGAGGAAAGGGUGAAUAGACUGAGGGAAUGGACGGAUUCGGAGAAGGUCGGGUUGGGGAUCAAGACGAUUCUGACGACGGCGGAGACUGCGAGGUUGAGCGCGCGCCCGGCGGAGUGGUUUGCGGAGCAGUUGGCGGGCCAGAUUGCUAGGUUUGGGAGUUAUAAUUUGAAGGGGGGAUAUUGA